GCUGCUUAUCUUUUCCCUCUCAGAACAGCGCCUAUCUAUCUACAGUUUUAGACUCUAUCCAAAACACUAUUUCUUACUCACUAAUCUUAGCACCAACGUGCCGAAUUCUAUUUUCCUCUUAUUUUGUUCACUGAAGCAUUCUUUUCUCCUUCAUGUUUUGAUUUCCUAGCUUCUCCCAGUUCAAGCUUCAAGUUCAAAUGAGGAAUUUGAACCGCUUCUCAUGCCUACUUUAGCAAUUCCUCCUGCGGGGCUCAUGGAAGUGGCCAUUGCUGAAGUUUGUUUUAUGGACCACUUUCAGCUUCUUCGUCGGGACAGUCCCUUCUCUUGCUCUUCGCUGUUCCCCUUUAAGAGGUCUCUGUCGCUGCACAUAUACCAUCAAGUGCCACCUCGAAAUAUUUUCAGAUUCACAUGUUCUGUGAAGAGUCGUAAAUCAGUCAGAAGACUGGCUACAUUAUCAACGGGCAAGCCGAGCAAAAGUGCUGAUAAAUUGUGCAAGAUCAUCUGGACCAUAGAAGCUGAUUUAGAAGAUGGUCAGGUCCUUUACAUUACUGGUGAUCCUGCUGUACUAGGUUGCUGGAAGUCAGACAUGGCUUUACUGAUGUCUCCUACAGAGCAUGCUAACAUAUGGAAGGCUGAGUUCAAGAUUGCAUGUGGCUUGAAUUUCAAAUAUAAUUACUUCGUUAAGGGAAAAUCAGGCUCCUCAAGUGACAUAAUUUGGAAGCCUGGACCAGAGUUUUUUCUGUCAGUACCUCCUACUGUUCAUGGAGAUGCUCCAAUUCUAGUGAGGGAUUCAUGGAUUAGAUCUGAUUCCCAGAUAUCUGCAGCUCAUGCAUGUGCUCACUAUAUAGAAGAAAUGUAUCCUCCAGAGCACGCCCCCAUAUCUUUACUAGUCAAAGAUGAAGCAAAGAUUAUGAAUCAGCUUGAAACUGACAUAGUAAAGUUGAAGGCACUUGGGGUAGAAGAUCCAUUCUAUUAUGACAAUGAGGAUAUGGUAAACGCAAUCAAUAUGGUUUCAAAUUGUAGUAGCAUCUGUACUGAUAACUACCAGCCUAUUGAGGAACCCUGGUUGCUCUAUCUGCCUUCUUCCCGAGUCUCCAAGGAUAGAUUAGAAUCUGAUGAGGCAAGAACUGGUUCCACUGUAGAAAAUCAAGUGAAGUUAGCUGACACAGACAAGUUGUUGCCUGAAGAAAGUAGUGAUAUUAUUCCAAAGGACCCUGUAUCUACCGUUAUACUGAUUAACUCUUCAAUAUGUACCAUGCAAAGGAUUGCUGUGCUGGAAGAUGAGAAACUGGUUGAAUUAUUACUAGAACCAGUGAAGAACAAUGUGCAAUGUGAUAGUGUAUAUAUAGGGGUCGUCACAAAGCUUGUUCCCCAUAUGGGUGGAGCUUUUGUAAAUAUUGGUAGUUCCAGGCCUUCUCUAAUGGACAUAAAGCAUAACAGGGAGCCAUUUAUAUUCCCUCCAUUUCGUCAAAGAACAAAGAAACAAGAUCUGCAGGCUUCCUCCUUUCCCAAUAAAAAUGAUUUCAUGUCUAAUGAUGUUGAAGUCACUGAUGGAAUGUCAGACACACACUCUGAGCAUGGCUCUUUACAAUCACCAGACAAUGACUAUGAUGAGCAGGAAGGAGAAGAUGAUUUUGAUAUUUCAGAAGUCCUUAAGGAAAAUGUAAAUGGCAGCUUGGUUGAUGAUGGUGAAGUAGAAGCUGAUUUUGAGGAUGACAUUGAUGGAAAUGAAGUCCAUAUAGAAGAAGAAACCAAUAGCAUGUGCCUUUCCACUGGCAUAAAUGGGUCUGUCAGUUAUCAAGUUAUGCAAGACAAAGAUACAAAGGGAAAACACGCACCACCUGAAGAAAGCAAAUGGACUCAAGUUCGGAAGGGCACCAAAAUCAUUGUACAAGUUGUCAAAGAGGGUCUUGGUACUAAAGGUCCCACCCUUACUGCUUAUCCAAAAUUAAGAAGUAGAUUCUGGAUAUUAGUGACUCGUUGUGAUAGAAUAGGCAUCUCCAAAAAAAUUUCUGGUGUUGAGCGCACAAGACUGAAAGUUAUCGCAAAGACAUUGCAGCCUCAAGGCUUUGGCCUCACUGUAAGAACUGUUGCUGCUGGUCAUUCAUUAGAUGAACUGCAGAAAGACUUGGAAGGUUUGCUUUCAACUUGGAAGAAUAUAAUGGAACAUGCAAAAUCUGCGGCACUUGCAGCAGAUGAAGGUGUAGAAGGAGCUGUUCCUGUUAUUUUGCACACAGCAAUGGGUCAAACUCUCUCUGUAGUCCAGGAUUAUUUCAGUGAAACGGUUAAGAAAAUGGUGCUUGACUCCCCGAGGACAUAUCAUGAGGUGACCAGUUACCUCCAGGAAAUUGCCCCUGAUCUUUGUGAUCGAGUUGAGCUAUAUGAUAAAAAAGUUCCACUUUUUGAUGAAUUUAACAUUGAAGGAGAAAUUGACAAUAUCCUUAGCAAAAGGGUUCCACUUGCUAAUGGAGGUUCUCUAGUCAUUGAACAAACUGAGGCAUUAGUUUCUAUUGAUGUAAAUGGUGGGCAUGGGAUGUUUGGUCAUGGAACCUCACAGCAGAAAGCUAUCCUAGAUGUCAAUCUUUCUGCUGCUAAACAAAUUGCUAGGGAGUUGAGGUUACGGGAUAUUGGCGGCAUUAUUGUAGUUGAUUUCAUCGAUAUGACAGAUGAGGCGAAUAAAAGGUUGGUGUAUGAAGAAGUCAAGAAGGCAGUUGAGAGAGACAGAUCCAUGGUUAAAGUCUCUGAAUUGUCUAGGCAUGGACUCAUGGAAAUAACACGAAAGAGGGUUCGACCUAGUGUAACUUUCAUGGUUAGUGAACCAUGUUCCUGUUGCCAUGGCACUGGCAGGGUUGAAGCUUUGGAGACAUCGUUCGCAAAAAUUGAACAACAAAUCUGCCGGCUUCUUGCAACAAUGGAUGGGAAGCCAGACCCAGAAAACCCAAAGUCCUGGCCAAAGUUUAUUCUGAGAGUUGACCACCAUAUGUGCGAGUAUCUGACUUAUGGGAAAAAGACGAGACUUGCAAUAUUGAGCAGCUCUCUUAAAGUCUGGAUUCUCUUAAAGGUUGCUAGAGGUUUCACCAGAGGAACAUUCGAGGUGAAGCCAUUUACAGAUGACAAAGUGGAGAAAAAUCGGCAUCAACAUCAAGUCGCCAUUUCAAUGUUGAGAUCUUCCGAGGCCAGUACCAAAAAACCUGGCCAAAACGUGACCCUCGUUCCUGUCAAGAAAUUGAAGGGUAGGAGGAAAUAAAGUAGUCAUCGUGAUAUGUACAAAAGUUCUUUUUUGAAAUAGCAGGCAAUAAAUCAGUCACCCUGAUCUGUAAAGUAGUUUUCUUGAAAUUGAAAUAACCCUCCUUCCCUUUUUUCCCUUGUGUUCUAGUUUUGAUUGUUUGGGAUGGCAUACAUAGGUUAGGGAGAGAAAGUAUGGAAGACCAGAAGUUUGAGGUUUCAUUUUGAGAGGCCCAAGGACAAACUUCUGUAUAAAUUCUUUUCCGACUGAAAAUAUCAGAGGUCCAAAAGUUCUUUAGAUUUCAUUUGUGCAAUGUACUCUAAGUAGGUUUUAGUUAUUAAUUGACAUUUAGAGAGAACAUUUUGUAUUAUCCAGUCAUAAAAGUAUUGAAAUACAGAAAAAUGUUUA